AUGCCAGCUGGUCUGGGAGCGCCGGCGAUGCACACGCUGACAGCUGUCGCGCCGGCAGAUGUGCCGUGCGUUGCGGCGCUUUACGCAAACGUGUUUGCCGCGAACCCCGCCUACGGCAGCAUUUUCCAAUCCUCAGAGAAGCGUGAACGCAUAGCUGCAUUGGAGUGGUUGUUCGCGCGGCGGCUGCAGGCGCUGCUGGCAGCAGGCAACCCCUUCUUCAUGACCCGCGACCCGGCGAGCGGCGAGGUAUGCGGCGCGGGAGGCGUCAUACUCCCUGGCACGUAUCCUGGCCUGCUGGAUUUCCUGUGGCACGGGAUGGCGGCAUGGCCGCUGCUGUGGGGAUGGGGCAGCAUGCUGCGGGCUCUGGCCCUGGACCAACGGCUCGGCGCUGGUGAAGCUUCCGAGGGCGGCGCCAUUGCACACCUGUCGAUGCUCGCCGUGCGGCCAGAGUCCAGGGGCAUUGCCAGCGCCCUGAUAACCCGGCUGCUGGAGGACGCGCCUCGGGGCAGCCGCGUGAUGCUGACAACCCAGGACUCAGGUGCGGUGGCGCUGUACCAGCGCCACGGUUUCAGGGUUUUGGUGGAGUCCCAGGUCGCCCCGCGGGGUAGCAGCACCACCUUUACUUCAUGGAGCAUGGUGCUGGGUAGAGGGCAGGUGGCAGACAGGCGGGCGCCCAGCGGCCCCAAGAAUGACACGGGCGGUUGA